AUGCCUGGAUCUAUACAUAAAGUUAAUCUUGGUUCCUCUCUCCCCAGGUUUACAGACCUGCUGGACCAGUGUGGUAAGGUGGACCUGGCUGUGCUGUCUCCUCCUCAGAAGGAUUACUGGUCCAUGCUGGCCUACAACCGGGCCAAGCUGUGUAACCUCCUGUUCUCUAACGAGCUCCACCGACGCCUCUCGCUCCACGGGGUCACCUGCAACGCAGUGCACCCUGGGAACAUGAUGUACACGGCCAUCCAUCGUAGCUGGUGGCUGAUGACCCUGUUCUUCACCCUGGCUCGCCCCUUCACCAAGUCUAUGCAACAGGGGGCAGCCACCACGGUGUACUGUGCGGUAGCUCCUGAGCUGGAGGGUCUAGGAGGGAUGUACUUCAACAACUGUUUCCGCUGCCUCCCCUCCCCCCAGGCUGAGGACCAGGUCACUGCAGCCAGCCUGUGGGAGCUAAGUGAGCGCCUGGUCUCAGAGAGGCCUACGGGCCUACAGGCCCUCUGAUUGACACGCCCACACUGACUGUCAACAGCCUAUCAGGACUGGGGGAGAGAGGCGGGACUAGCCAAUCAGGAAUGGAGUGAGAGGGAGGAAGUGUGGAUGAAAAUGAAAAUGUGUACAUUGAGUGGACUGUAGAAAGCUUCAAACCGUUGAACUGAAACUUUCACUUCACUAAGGGGAGUAAAAUACAGGUACAAAUACACCAGGGUUAUUGUCUGCCUCUUUGUGGCAGGGAGAGUUCACCAGUUCCUUAUUCCAGCCAAAGUUGGUCUGUGUUUCUCACUCCAGUGUGUUACCAGCUGCAACAGACACUGUGUGUAUCUUCUCUCUGUAUCCAGUUUCCUCCUGUAUAUAUAUAUAUUUUAUAUGUCUGAGUAUGGAGAUAUGGUGAGUAUCAUUGUGCUAGUGUAGGGGGGUUAAAGGGGGAUAGGAGAAAUAAGGAGGUAUAAUUGAAUGGCAAUGUACAUAUUAGAGCUAUGGUGUCAUGACUAUAUACAGAUGUAGUAGCUGUAUUCCAUAUGAGGCCCUGUUCAGUUCUACAGCCCAUUAUUUACAGGAACAGCAUUGGGCCUAUGUGCUAACGGGAACUCACACGUCAUCACUUCUCCCCUCUACAGUGUCUGUCUACAGUUAGACCUCCAACCUACAUAUUAUACCUUAGAAUACUCUACAAAAUGCUGUUUACAUUGUGGUACUGUAUCUUUGUCACAAUGUUCAAUCACAAUUAUGUCUGUAGCUACUGGUGAUAGAGAGAAUCCAGGAGUUUUAGUAGUUGAUCAAACAGGAACAUCCUUCCUUGGAUGUUUAGUUUUGUUAUUUGUUUCGGGGGAUAAUCUGGUCAUGAAAGUGUGCGGUGUUGGGUGACGGGUCCAUCUGGACAGGGACUGUUGCUUGGUUUCUGGGUGGUUUGGAGAUGUGUGGACGUUGUGCUUUGUGGCUGUCUGGUGCCGUGGAAUGAUGUUAAGAUAUCAGCAUUCCUCUGUCAUGGUUCUGUAAAGAAAAAGAAGAGGACACAUUAAAGACUGUUUCUUACACUA